AUGGACAUUCAAUCCGCGCAGAAGAAUGAAAGCUUUUACCAGUGCUGCAGCGGGUUGUGCAUUGACCUGCUUCAGAGGUUGUCUGAAGAAAUCGGGUUCACCUACGAGCUCAUUAGGGUCGAAGACGGCAAGUGGGGUACGUUAGAGAAUGGGAAGUGGAAUGGCCUAAUAGCUGAUCUCGUGAAUCGAAAGACAGACAUGGUGAUGACGUCCCUAAUGAUUAAUUCCGAAAGGGAAGCCGUGGUUGACUUCACCGUGCCGUAUAUGGAAACUGGUAUCGCCAUUGUGGUUGCCAAGAGGACUGGCAUAAUAUCUCCUACUGCCUUUCUUGAACCGUUCGACACCGCAUCGUGGAUGCUGGUUGGCAUCGUUGCCAUCCACGCGGCUACUAUAAUGAUACUCUUCUUCGAGUGGCUAUCGCCAUCCGGUUUCAACAUGAAGGUAAACCCUUCAGGCGCUGCGCAGGAACUGCUUAAGAACCCCUCGCCAAACCAUCGCUUCUCGUUCUGCCGCACAUACUGGUUGGUCUGGGCCGUAUUAUUUCAGGCAGCCGUCCAUAUCGAUUCGCCCAGGGGAUUCACAGCCAGAUUCAUGACGAACGUAUGGGCGUUAUUCGCCGUGGUGUUCCUCGCGAUUUACACUGCCAAUUUGGCCGCCUUCAUGAUCACGAGGGAAGAGUUCCACGAGUUCACCGGGGUAGACGAUCAUCGUUUGGCCAAGCCCUGGUCCCACAAGCCGAUGUUCAAGUUCGGCACGAUACCGUGGAGUCACACAGAUAGCACGCUCGCCAAGUAUUUCAAGGAGAUGCACGCGUACAUGAAGACGUUCAAUAAAACCAGCGUAGCCGAGGGGAUCGAGGCCGUUAUCAGCGGAGACAUGGACGCUUUUAUCUACGACGGGACGGUUUUGGAUUAUUUGGUUGCGCAAGACGAAGACUGCCGAUUGCUGACCGUAGGAUCCUGGUACGCCAUGACAGGAUACGGUCUCGCUUUUUCAAGAAACUCCAAGUACCUGCAGAUGUUCAACAAACGUCUAUUGGACUACAGGGACAAUGGGGAUUUGGAGCGUCUCAGAAGAUACUGGAUGACCGGUACCUGUAAGCCGGGGAAAGAGGUUCAAAAGAGCAGCGAUCCCCUGGCGUUGGAGCAGUUCUUAUCUGCGUUUCUCUUACUGAUGAUGGGAAUCCUUUUGGCCGCGACCUUUCUACUCUUAGAACAUUUGUAUUUCAAGUACGUCAGGCAGCAUCUCGCGCGAAGUGACGGCGGCGGUUGUUGCGCCCUUUUCAGCCUGAGCAUGGGAAAGUCUCUGACAUUCCGUGGGGCAGUGUACGAAGCCCAGGAUAUCCUGAGGUACCACAGAUGCAGGGACCCAAUCUGCGAUACACAUUUAUGGAAAGUGAAACACGAGCUGGACAUGGCCAGGAUUAGAAUAAGGCAGCUAGAAAAGGACCUCGAAGCGCACGGGAUAAAGCCGAGUCAGACUAAGAGGAAAACCGGAAGUCUCGGCUGGUGGCGAGGAUGCUUUCAAAGCUCAGACCGCCAAACACAACCGGAGCCAUUGGUGGCAGAAGCUCCGCAUCCGCUACCGCCAUACUUUGAUUCAUUCAUCGACACCAUCGAUGUUGCCAGGCCUAGAGAUAUGACGAGGAAUCACGUCGUCAGCACAGAGUACACGGACAAAUUUUUGCCGCCGGAGAUCUACAGGAUCCCGGACGACGAGGCCGCGAGAACGGAAAUCGCCGAGAUGGAGACAGUUCUGUGA